CAGCUGAUCACAUCUGUCACGCUGACAGAGGAGAGGAGAGCCGGUAAUCGGCUUUCAGCAGAGGGGACAUGUACACUGAUCAUCAGGGCACUGAUGAUCAGUGUAGCCCCAGCAGUGCCACCUGUCAGUGUCCCCAUCAGUGCCUUGUGCCAGUGCUCAUCAGUGCCUCGUGCCAGUGCCCAUCAGUGCCACAUCAAUGACACAUAUCAGUGGCUACCAGUGCACAUCAAUGCCACAUAUCAGUGCCCAUCUGAGCUGCCUUUCAGUGUUACCCAUCAGUGCCAGUCAGUGCCACCUAUCAAUGCCAAUCAGUGCCACCUAUCAGUGCUGCCAAUCAGUGCUCGAUAGUGCCGCCUAACAGU